AUGGCGUCCGAGACAGAUCAGCAACUGACAGAAAACUCCAUUCUACACUCUCUCAAUCUCAGUCCUGCCGAUGAGGAGCUGUUGUCGGUCUUUCACCAAGACAUUCUCGAGGCCGUCAAAGUACUCAAGCAUGCCAUCGACAAUGAUUUCAAAUCCCAUGCAAUCCCGAGCAACGUCAAGAAGCUGCCGAGCCGCAAGUCGCGCCUAGUGAGACAGGAGGUGCAGGUUAUCAGUCAACUCCUCUUCCCCGACUACAGUCUUGACAAAGCAAUCAUCCAUUAUGAGGCCAGUCGUCGGAAAGCCUGCAAGAUUGUCCGAGCCAACGAGGAAUACGACAAGGCGACCAAGGAGGCUCUCAAGGUGAGCCCGGAGUUGCAAGGACCGUGGGCUGGGCAAGAGCUUGAUCCCAUCCCUCUGACCGGUCCCGUAGCUCGGCCAAUGCCUGUGCAGAUCGGCGACGAGGAGCAUUUCAAGGAUUGCUUUCGUUUCUUGGCUUCUGACAUGGACCCGAACGAUUUCCUCCCUGGCGGAUCGAAGCACGCUCCAGGUCAGGACAAAGCGCACAACUUGCGGGUGGGCCACGAGCUGAUCUGGGGGACGCCGAUGGUCGAUUUCAAUCGCGGCUGUCACGGUCUCGACAAAUGCCAAGUGUGGGAUACCCCGCACAAGGCUGACUACCCUACACGAGGCUGA